AUGGAAAAAUAUUUAUUAAAAGGCGGUCAAUUCCCGGUCCGCCGUAUUCAUCGUCUGUUGAGAAAGGGCAACUACGCCGAGCGUGUCGGAGCCGGAGCACCUGUGUACUUGGCCGCCGUCAUGGAAUACUUAGCAGCUGAAGUUUUGGAAUUGGCCGGUAACGCUGCCCGUGAUAACAAGAAAUCUCGUAUCAUUCCCAGACAUUUGCAAUUGGCAAUCAGAAACGACGAAGAAUUGAACAAAUUGUUGUCCGGUGUCACAAUCGCUCAAGGCGGUGUGUUGCCCAACAUCCAAGCCGUUCUUUUACCGAAAAAGACCGAGAAGAAAGUCUAAUUUUCGAAAUUAACUAUCCUUUUGCUUUUGCUUUUGCUUAGUGGACGACCAUGUGUCUUUUCUAUACCAGGCAUUGUGCCUUUGCUAGUAGUGGAGAUUACGGUAAUGGCUUUUGUGAUUUAGGAGAUUAAGAGGGUGGGUUUACUGAAACCCAAUUUAUUGGACGAGUUUUUGGAUUUUUGUAGGUUUGAGUGGGUGUU